AUGGCGAUAGCCGUGCUCGAAGCCCUCGACAACGCCCGGACACAAUGGUACCACGUGACGGCGAUUAUGAUUGCCGGCAUGGGCUUCUUCACCGACGCCUAUGACCUCUUCUGCAUCUCCACCAUCUCGAAGCUCUUGGGACGUCUCUACUUUUACCACCCCGGCUCACAAAAGCCCGGGAAGCUGCCAAAGAAUGUCAACAACUUAGUCACCGGGGUCGCCCUCGUUGGAACCCUCGCGGGCCAGCUCUUCUUUGGUUGGCUCGGGGACAAGCUCGGCCGCAAGAAAGUCUACGGCGUAACCCUAGUUCUGAUGGUCAUUUGUGCUAUUUGCUCUGGACUCUCUUUGGGGUCUAGCCCACAUGCCGUGAUGGGGACGCUUUGUUUUUUUAGGUUUUGGUUAGGGUUUGGGAUCGGUGGAGACUACCCGCUCUCCGCGACCAUCAUGUCGGAGUACGCCAACAAGAAGACACGUGGCGCAUUCAUCGCCGCCGUGUUUGCGAUGCAGGGGGUGGGGAUUAUCUUUGCCGGGCUUGUUUCCAUGGUUGUUUCCAAGAUCUUCCUCAUGAACGAUAAUGCGCCCGCAUACAAAGGUGACGAUUUCCAAAAUGUCCUCUCCACGCAGCCACAGGCAGAUUUCAUGUGGCGGACUGUGCUUAUGCUCGGAGCUUUGCCGGCGAUCUUAACUUUCUAUUGGCGGAUGAAAAUGCCCGAAACUGGACGGUACACGGCCUUAAUCAGAGGAAAAGCGGACCAAGCGGCCAUGGACAUGGGUCAGGUCCUGGACAUAGAAAUCGAUGCUGAUCAAGACCAAUUGGCUCAGUUCAAAGCCGCAAACAACUACACAUUACUCUCCCAAGAGUUCUGGACGCGUCACGGCCGGCAUUUGAUCGGCACUACCACCACUUGGUUCUUGUUGGACAUCGCAUUCUACAGCCAAAACCUAACCCAGAAGGAUAUUUUCCCCGCAAUCGGUCUCAUAAAAAAGGAACUCCAAAUGAACGCUCUUCAAGAAGUCUACGAAACGUCUCGAGCGAUGUUCAUCAUCGCCUUGUUCGGCACCUUCCCCGGCUACUGGUUCACUGUCGCCUUAAUCGAAAAGCUCGGCCGCUUCAUUAUUCAGCUCGUCGGCUUCUUCAUGAUGUCCAUGUUCAUGCUCAUCAUAGGCCUCAAGUAUGACUACCUCAAGGAGGAAAACCAUAAGCUCUUCGCACUGUUAUAUGGACUUACCUUUUUCUUUGCCAAUUUCGGGCCCAACAGCACGACCUUCGUCCUGCCCGCGGAACUGUUCCCGACGCGGGUGCGGUCGACAUGCCACGCGAUAAGCGCGGCAUCGGGGAAGGCCGGAGCGAUGAUCGGGGCGUUCGGGAUUCAGAGCUAUACUUUGAGUGGUAAUCCGAAGAAAAUUCGUAGGGCUAUGUUGAUAUUGGCAGCUACGAAUAUGAUAGGGUUUUUCUGCACGUUCUUAGUGAGUGAGACCAAAGGGCGGUCUUUGGAGGAGAUCUCCGGAGAGGACGGCGGCGAAAGUGGAAAUCGGACGACUUCGAUCGCCGCUGGGAGACUGUCUUUUUCCAGGCAGCAGGGAAAUAGACGACCGAGCGACGCCGUGCAGGGUCAAUAA